AUGGCUUGGAUGGUUGAUGAAGUGGUGAUGGCGGCAGCAUCUCUGCCCAUAGUCAUGGUGACUGCUGUUGUGACAAUGUUCAUGACUGUUCCCCUCAGCGAAGGUCUUUCCUCCAUGAACAACAACAUGAUUCAGCAUGCUCAGUCACUCAACAUGUCCAUUCGCGUGCUCUACACUUGGGCUCACAUGCUCUAUUCGGUUAUAGCCUUUGUGUCCUCUGCACCUCAGCCUGUCCCUACUUCCUCCUCCCUGUCCCUUCUUCUUCCUCCCGUCUAA